UUAACAUUCUGUGAGUCGUAUGGGAUAUUUUUUGUUUUGGUAAAAGAUUUUUUUCGAAUCAAAUAAAAUGCGUACAAAAAAGAAAGCGCCGUCAAUAGUUCCUGCAAGAAAGGGCAUCGCCACUGUUAGACUUUCGGAGUGUAAAAGAAGAGCUGAUAGACGAAAGAAAAGUAAAGCGAAAAGAAAAAAAGCAUCUCAAAGGGCGCAAAAAACUACCACAUCAUGCUCAAAGAGAAAAAGAUCCAAGAGGAACAUUGGGGGCAAAAAGAAAACUGCCAAGCGGAGGAAACGCAAACGCGACAAGAAUGACAUUGAAGACGAGAGAGACGAGGAAAAAGAAGAAGAUGAGGAAGAGACGGAAGAAUCUUAUAGUUCCGAUAGCGAUAUAUCAAUAGCCAAUGCUGGAGAGGUUUGCCGAAAUUGCUCUAGAGGAAAGGUUGAACAGUUAGAUGAGCAAGCGAAAAGAAAUGUGCCGGAUUUGCCUACUUUAUUCCCUCCUCCUGGAAAUCCUCCAGGAAGGCCCCAGAAAUAGUACUCAACAUGCUUCUAAUUAUUUUAUAUAACUGAUUUUACUUUCAUUGAAUCAUAAUCUGCAUCACAGUUUGCUAUUAAUCAAUUUUAUGCAUAAUUUCGUGCCAUAUGAUUUAGACUUAAUUAAAAUUUUUUAUUUAAUUUA